CGAGGGGCACUUUACUACCCCUGUUCAGUGUACUUAUUGAGUGUUUGUUCUGUGUGGUUACUUUAGCGGGGCCUGUGUGUGCAUCGAUAUGUGUUCUUGAAAGGAAAUACAACUCGGCAGUUUAUUUUGGUGAUCGAUCAUCUUUGUGGUUGGCUCGUUUCUAAAUAUUGUACAUAUUUCUAAAUUAUUACAAAAUAACUAAACAUUACUCGUAAUAAAUAAUUACAUAAAAGUUUGCUCCAAUGGAGAAAUCAAAAUUAUUUUCAGGAUAAUCCAAUAAAGUAGUGAUAGUGUCGUUAGAAACGUACUCUAUAAGUUUAAGUGUGUUUGUAGAAAUAUUUUUCGGAACUUGGGCCAAUAUGGAGUUUAUGUAUUUGGGAUGUAUUUAUAAAUUAUGUAUAAUAGUUGAUCUGUUUAACGGGUGAGUGGUUCAAGUGAAGUGUACACAACUAAAAGUUAGCAUGGUGCAUAUUCGGUUUCUUCAGUGUUUGACGGCUCGGUUUCUACUUUUGAUGUUGGAAUUCAACCUAAUAACAGGCGCAGUAGUAGACACGAACAACUACUGGGAACAGCCGUUCUCACAGCCUUACUUCGACAACUCUUCUCGGCGUGAGGUGACCACCACAGUAGGGCAGAGUGCGUACCUCCACUGCCGAGUGAGGAACUUGGGUGAUCGAGCGGUUUCAUGGAUUCGCAAACGAGAUCUGCACAUCUUGACGGUCGGUAUUCUGACCUACACGAACGACCAGAGGUUCCAGUCACUACACUCUGACGGCACUGACGAAUGGACACUUAAAGUCAGCUCUCCACAACUCAGGGACUCUGGCACUUAUGAAUGCCAAGUCAGUACGGAGCCUAAGAUUAGCCAAGCCUUCAAACUCAACGUAGUCGUCUCAAAAGCAAAAAUUAUCGGAAACCCCGAGCUGUACAUCAAGAGUGGGAGCGAUAUAAACCUAACCUGCGUUGUCCUGCAAACUCCCGAUCCACCCUCCUUCAUUUACUGGUAUCGGGGAGCUCACGUAGUCAACUACUCCCAGAGGGGUGGCAUCAGUGUCGUCACUGAGAAGCAGACUCGAACCUCGCGCUUGCUGAUCGCGCGCGCCCUGCCGGCAGACUCCGGCAAUUAUACGUGCUCGCCCUCUAGCAGUGAUUCAGCAAGUGUGCUGGUACACGUGCUCAACGGUGAGUCAUGGGAGCAUCCAGCGGCAAUGCAGCAUGGAAAUAGCAGCAGCAGCGCCGUCACGCGACUUCUUCCGACCUUACUGUUGGCACUCUGCCAUCUUCUACAAUACAUGGGCGACUCAUCGCUGACCCCUACCACCUCGACUCCUCGGAGGUGAUGCCCCCCGUGAUAAAAACAAACUCGAUCUAUUCCUGUAACAAACGUGGGAUAUGUCACAACUAUCUGAAACAAUUUAUUUAUAGUAUAUUGUCGUUUUAAACGAAUACUGUUUAUGUUUUUACAAAAUAUACUCUAAUACUUAUGUACAAUACUAUGAAAUUUACUGUUAUAUAAAUCAAAAUAUAGAAUAUUUUUACUUAUUUAGUUUGCUAUAAAUCUUUUUUUUUCAAUUACAAAACAAAUUAAAUAUUAGGCUUUAAAUUCUGUUUUACAAAGUAUUAUUUUCAAAUAAUUUACUAAACAUUACAUCUCACUGAUUUUUUAUAGAAAAAGCAAAAAGUUUAUAAACACCCAAUAUAGUUAAUAAGAUGGAUUUGUACAUUUUCAUAUCAAAAUUAAAAUUCAAAGAUUAUUAAAUGGACACAGAAUAAUUUCCUUGUAUGUUUAAUGGCAAAAACUUAUUACUUUUGUACAUGCAGUUUUUUUCUAUAUUAGCCUCCAAGUGAUAUGUAGAUACUCCUGCUAGUGUAUAGUGUCCAUAUUUACUCUAGUGUAUAUAUGUAGACAAUUUUUCUAUCUAACAUGAAAGCUUUCGAGUGAAACUCGCUUUAUAAGGAACAGAGUGUAUAGGUAAAUAACUUUAAGUGACUAUAAUGAAGAUGUGUAUAUUUUUUACAACCACGGACAAAUUCCUUAAUAUAAGCAUUGAAAACAAGUCUAUACUUAACUCACGUUGUAUUAUUUUAUCAAACCAAGAAAAACAUUGAAAUGAAUACUAAGCAAGCAAUGGGUGUAUACGUUUUGAAUUUAUUAAGAUAUUCGUACACAUAUUUAUAAAAAUAAUUUUGGUAGGCUUU